AUGGCAAACAUAAUAGCGCCUGCAUGCUCGGCCGCAUUCCCAACUCAUCUCGCUUUGUUGUUCUUGGGAUUUUACCCGGAGCAUGACAGAGAAGAGACAGUUGAGCUGAGAAAGAUAGUUGUGCAAACCAAAGAAGAUGUGGAGUCCAAGAACAAGGCCAGAGCCAAGAAUGCAUUCUUCUACAUUACCUUCAAAUGCAGUGGUGGUCAAGACUACAAGGCUAUCGUAAGGAGAACAACGGAGCAAUGGCCUGAGCAUAUGGCGCUUUUAGUCGAGUCAUUCAUGUGA